CUUCGUUCUUUAAAUCACCCAUCUUUUUCUGGCGUUGUCAAAGCGAUUCCCCGAAUUGCGCCAGGAACUCGCGACAAUGCUUAUCCCCAAGGACGACCGCAAGAAGAUCCACGAGUACCUCUUCCGCGAGGGUGUGCUCGUGGCCAAGAAGGACUUCAACCUUCCCAAGCACGGUGACAUUGACACCAAGAACCUCUAUGUCAUCAAGGCUUGCCAGUCGCUGAACUCCCGCGGCUACAUCAAGACCCAGUUCUCGUGGCAGUACUACUACUACACCCUCACCCCCGAGGGUCUGGACUACCUGCGCGAGUGGCUGCACCUCCCCGCGGAGGUUGUCCCCGCCACCCACAUCAAGCAGCAGCGCUCCCACGCUCCUCCCCGCGGCAUGAUGGGCGGUGAGGACCGUGAGCGUCGUCCCCGUGCUCCUCGUGAGGGUGGCUACCGCCGCCGUGAGGAGGGCGGCAAGGAGGGCGGUGCCCCCGGCGAGUUCGCUCCCUCCUUCCGUGGUGGCUUCGGCCGUGGCCGCGGUGCUCCCCAGUAA